AUUUGAGGAAGACAGUCUUGUUUCCAAAUGCUGUGUGAACCAAAGGACACUAACUUAACUGAUUUUCAGGAAACCUGAAGAGCGAGUGUCUGACGAUGGCAGUACUGAAGACGUGGUGCCUCCUGCCCCUCGCUGCUCUCCUCCUUCUAUCCAUCGUUACAGUCACAGUAGCUGAAGUGGUGCCAUCGAUGUCAGACUGUGAAGACUUUCUUCUUCAGCAAACUCCACCACAUGUUCCAGGAAUCUUGGAGGGAGGAAACAUCCUGGACCAGAACAGAUACAAACCCAUUUGCCAGACUUGGAAUAACAUGCAAAGUUUUGUGACGCUCUACGACACCUACAACAAGAUCCCAGUGUUUUCUGCUUACAAGUACAGAGGGAAUAACAGCAACAGACCCACAACCAAAUGGAAGAGAGAACCACAGCUUGAGAACAUACAUGACAACAGGAACAUGAGGAAUGUAGCCAAAAACAGUAUCUACAACCACCAGGCUGGGGACAUUGAUUACAAAAACAGCAUGUAUGACAGAGGGCAUUUAUUUCCAAGCUCUUAUGCAAGGACCAAAAAUGAUAAGGAAUCCACCUUUACCCUGACCAACGUUGUUCCACAAGUACGCACAUUCAACCAGGGAAGCUGGAGUAGAAUGGAGAGCUGUAUCAAAUGUGUUCUGGAUAAAUACUGCAUCAACAACAACAAUGAUAUUGAAGCCUUUUUGGUAACCGGAGCACAGCCCAGCACAGACAACACUCUCAACAACAGGAUUAAUAUUCCUUCCAUGCUCUGGUCAGCAUUCUGCUGCUACAGUCGCAGUGAGAUGAAGUGGCUAGCAAGUGCACACUGGGGCGAAAACAUUCCAGAUCAAUAUACAUAUCUGCAGACCAAGACCUUGGCAGAGCUCCAUAAUGUACUGAGAACAGGAAACAAUUUGGCAUUUGUGUUUCCUAGAACACAAUGUCCUCUCCACACCACUGUUACUCAGUUCUACCCAAAUCUUAAUAACUGCAAAUGCCCACCACCCAUUUCAACUACUUCUGCCCCUUCCAGUACCACAUCGUCCCCUCUUACUACCACAUCUGCCCCCCCCAGUACCACAUCUGGCCUUUUCACUAUCACAUCUGCCAGUUCCACCCCUGGCCCUCCCAGUACCACAUCUGGCCCACUUUCUACCACAUCUACUACCACAUCUGUCAGUACCACAUCUGACCCUUUUACAACUAACAUCUGCUCCUGUCACUACCACAUCAGUCCACAUCUGCCCCUUCCAGUACCACAUCUGCCUCUCCCAGUACCACAUCUGGCCUUUUACUACCACAUCUGCCACCCAGCCCUCCCAGCACCACAUCUGGCCUUUUACGACAACAUCUGCUCCUAUCACUACCACAUCUGCCCCUUCCAGCCAGUCUCCAGCACCACAUCUGGCCCUUUUACAACUACAUCUACUCUUCUCACUACCACAUCUGGCCCUUUAACUACCACAUCUGUCCCUCUUACUACCACAUCUGCUUCUCCCAGUACCACAUCUGGCCUUUUUACUACCACAUUUGCCACUUCCACCUCUAGCCCUCCCAGCACCACAUCUGGCCCUCUUACUACCACAUCUGUCCCUCUUACUACCACAUCUGCCUCUCCCAGUACCACAUCUGACCCUUUUACGACAACAUCUGUUCCUAUCACUACCACAUCUGCCCCUCCCAGUACCACAUCUGACCCUUUUACGACAACAUCUGUUCCUAUCACUACCACAUCUGCCCCUCCCAGUACCACAUCUGGCCUUUUUACUACCACAUUUGCCACGUCCACCUCUAGCCCUCCCAGCACCACAUCUGCCUCCCCCAGUACCACAUCUGGCCUUUUUACUACCACAUUUGCCACUUCCACCUCUAGCCCUCCCAGCACCACAUCUGGCCCUUUUACGACAACAUCUGCUCUAUCACUACCACAUCUGCCCCUAUCAUACCACAUCUGGCCUUUUACAACCACAUCUGCCACUUCCACAUCUGGCCCUUUAACUACCACAACUGGCCUUUUUACCAGUACUCCAUCAACUACUGCUACUACCACUUUGAGCACCACUACACCUACAACUACAGAAACACCAACAACUACUAUUCUACUAACUACCACUCAUCCAACCACCACUUUUCCUACAACUACUAAACCACAAACUACAAACAUUCCACCAACAACCACAGUCCCCACAACAACCACCACAACUACUACUGUUACAACAACUACUUGCACUACAACAGUUACCACUCCAACCACAACCACCACCACCACCACAACUACAAAGAAGAAAGAUAAGGAUGAAAACAAAAAGGAAAGUGAGAAGGGAGGAGAUCCAGCUCCACAAUUACCUAUUGCAGACAGUGGAUUGCCUUUAGGAAGUCUAGGACUUGGUUUAACAGCAUUUUUUAGUGGAAUUGGAAGUGCAUUUUUAGGAGUGGCAGGAAAUUUGGUUAAAAACUUCCCUCCAAUCAAUCUGCCUCCUUUUGUCGUUGAUCCUAAAACUACAACUACUCCUCAUCCAAACUACAAGCGUUCUAUUGCCACUACUGUUCCUAACACUAUUACCACUCUUUUGUCUGUUAUAACAACUCCUCGCAAGGUUAUUUCUACUGUUCCUAUCACUACCACAUCUGCCCCUCCCAGCACCACAUCUGGCACUUUUACAACUACAUCUACUCUUCUCACUAACCCAUCUGGCCCUUUAACUACCACAUAUGCCCCAAUUUCUACCACAUCUACCCCUGUCAGUACCACAUCUGGCCCUUUUACAAAUACAUCUGCUCCUAUCACUACCACAUCUGCCCCUUCCAGUACCACAUCUGCCCCUUCCAGUACCACAUCUGCCCCUCCCAGUACCACAUCUGGCCUUUUUACUACCACAUUUGCCACGUCCACCUCUAGCCCUCCCAGCACCACAUCUGCCUCUCCCAGUACCACAUCUGGCCUUUUUACUACCACAUUUGCCACUUCCACCUCUAGCCCUCCCAGCACCACAUCUGGCCCUUUUACGACAACAUCUGCUCCUAUCACUACCACAUCUGCCCCUUCCAGUACCACAUCUGCCCCUCCCAGCACCACAUCUGGCCCUUUUACAACUACAUCUACUCUUCUCACUACCACAUCUGGCCCUUUAACUACCACAUCUGUCCCUCUUACUACCACAUCUGCUUCUCCCAGUACCACAUCUGGCCUUUUUACUACCACAUUUGCCACUUCCACCUCUAGCCCUCCCAGCACCACAUCUGGCCCUCUUACUACCACAUCUGCCUCUCCCAGUACCACAUCUGACCCUUUUACGACAACAUCUGUUCCUAUCACUACCACAUCUGCCCCUCCCAGUACCACAUCUGGCCUUUUUCUAACAUUUGCCACGUCCACCUCUAGCCCUCCCAGCACCACAUCUGCCUCUCCCAGUACCACAUCGGGCCUUUUUACUACCACAUUUGCCACUUCCACCUCUAGCCCUCCCAGCACCACAUCUGGCCCUUUUACGACAACAUCUGCUCCUAUCACUACCACAUCUGCCCCUAUCAGUACCACAUCUGCCCCUCCCAGCACCACAUCUGGCCCUUUUACAACUACAUCUACUCUUCUCACUACCACAUCUGGCCCUUUAACUACCACAUAUGUCCCAAUUUCUACCACAUCUACCCCUGUCAGUACCACAUCUGACCCUUUUACAACUACAUCUGCUCCUAUCACUACCACAUCUGCCCCUUCCAGUACCACAUCUGGCCUUUUUACUACCACAUCUGCCAGUUCCACCCCUGGCCCUCUCAGCACCACAUCUGGUCCUUUAACUACCACAUCUGUCCCUCUUACUACCACAUCUGCCUCUCCCAGUACCACAUCUGGCCUUUUUCCUACCACAUUUGCCACGUCCACCUCUAGCCCUCCCAGCACCACAUCUGCCUCUCCCAGUACCACAUCGGGCCUUUUUACUACCACAUUUGCCACUUCCACCUCUAGCCCUCCCAGCACCACAUCUGGCCCUUUUACGACAACAUCUGCUCCUAUCACUACCACAUCUGCCCCUAUCAGUACCACAUCUGCCCCUCCCAGCACCACAUCUGGCCCUUUUACAACUACAUCUACUCUUCUCACUACCACAUCUGGCCCUUUAACUACCACAUAUGUCCCAAUUUCUACCACAUCUACCCCUGUCAGUACCACAUCUGACCCUUUUACAACUACAUCUGCUCCUAUCACUACCACAUCUGCCCCUUCCAGUACCACAUCUGCCCCUCCCAGUACCACAUCUGGCCUUUUUACUACCACAUCUGCCAGUUCCACCCCUGGCCCUCUCAGCACCACAUCUGGUCCUUUAACUACCACAUCUGUCCCUCUUACUACCACAUCUGCCUCUCCCAGUACCACAUCUGGCCUUUUUACUACCACAUUUGCCACUUCCACCUCUAGCCCUCCCAGCACCACAUAUGGCCCUAUAACUACCACAUCUGUCCCAAUUUCUACCACAUCUGCCCCUCCCAGUACUACAUCUGGCCUUUUUACAACCACAUCUGCCACUUCCACAUCUGGCCCUUUAACUACCACAACUGGCCUUUUUACCAGUACUCCAUCAACUACUGCUACUACCACUUUGAGCACCACUACACCUACAACUACAGAAACACCAACAACUACUAAUCUACUAACUACCACUCAUCCAACCACCACUUUUCCUACAACUACUAAACCACAAACUACAAACAUUCCACCAACAACCACAGUCCCCACAACAACCACCACAACUACUACUGUUACAACAACUACUUGCACUACAACAGUUACCACUCCAACCACAACCACCACCACCACCACAACUACAAAGAAGAAAGAUAAGGAUGAAAACAAAAAGGAAAGUGAGAAGGGAGGAGAUCCAGCUCCACAAUUACCUAUUGCAGACAGUGGAUUGCCUUUAGGAAGUCUAGGACUUGGUUUAACAGCAUUUUUUAGUGGAAUUGGAAGUGCAUUUUUAGGAGUGGCAGGAAAUUUGGUUAAAAACUUCCCUCAAUCAAUCUGCCUCCUUUUGUCGUUGAUCCUAAAACUACAACUACUCCUCAUCCAAACUACAAGCUACCACAUCUGGCCCUUUUACAACUACAUCUGCUCCUAUCACUACCACAUCUUCCCCUCUUACUACCACUUUGAGCACCACUACACCUACAACUACAGAAACACCAACAACUACUAUUCUACUAACAACCACUGUCCCUCUGACCAAAACAUCUAUCGUAUCAACUACCAUCGAUGCAGCCACAGCUACGAUUCAAACAGCCAUCAUUUCUGA